AUGCUAAAAAAAUAUCUCUCAUCAUAUUAUUCUAACGAAUAAAUCAGAUCAAAGAAAAUAAAUCUGAAACCAAAAUUAGAUUUUUAAGGAUUCACUAAAGCAAGUAUUAUUCUAUUACCAUCUUAGAAUUCAUUAAUUAAGAUUUAACAUAAAGAACUAUAGAUUAUAGUUCUCCUAAAAUACAACUUAAUUUGGGAUCCAUUAUUGAAAAUAAGCAUUCUAAAAUUAUAAAGCCUUAAACUAAAUAAACUAAUCUAAGUUUAUAUGCAUAGCAAAUAUUGUCUAGUAAUUAAGUAAAUUCAUCUUAGAGAAUAAUAAUCAAUCAUCUAUGGAUAAUACACCUAAGAAAGGAUUAGAUUUACUUAUUACCAAAAGAGAUGAAGCAUACAAAUAUAGAUCUGUUUCAUAAACUUAAAGAAAUCAAUUAAUUAAAAGAUAAUCCAGUGAAGAAAAAUGUAAAUCAAGUGAAAGAAUUAAAGUUAUUGAUGUGUUCAAUUCAAGUCCUAAACAUAAUAAAUAACCAACAUCUUAUUAAACAUAUAUUACAAGUAAAGAAAUCUUAAAAGUUAAACUUAAAUAACAACACUAAAACAUAUAAAAUAAAUAAACUUAAAUCUCCAUUCAUAUUGUAAAAUAUAUCUUAUACUUUAGAAUAAUCCAUAAUAAUAAUAAUAAUGUAUUAAAUAUCCUAUCUCAAGUAGACUUAAUGAAUCUAGAGAUAUAUUAUCAUAAAUGAGAAGAAACUCAAUAAACACAUCAAAAAUUAAUAAUAAUCCAUAACCUGAAGGACUUAUCACAAAAAAGAAAAAAUAUUUCUUUAACUCUCCAUAAAAUAAUGAUUCCAUGGCUUUUGAACAUGAUAGUAAAAGCAAUAUUUAACUGGCACGUAAUCUUAAAAUUGAACUUGAAAAAGUUUAAAACGAAAACAUUCUCGAAUUAUUGUUACUCUCAACUCAAGAAUUAAACCAUAAAUUUAAGAAGACUUAAUUCAUUAGAAAUGAAUCAGAAGAAAAAAUGCCAAUUAAAAUUAGAGUAAGAGCAGGUAAUAAAUUUCCUAAAGACUUUUUUUAAUGA